UGGCCGCGUACGGUGAACACGUCUUUUGAUUUCUCCGCAUAAAAUAAUUAUCGUAUACUUUCGGUGCUCACGUGUCUUAAUGCAAGCGACCAACGUGGGUGGAGACGCCAGUCACGAUGGCGAGUCUAGGGUGCGUCUCUUGAAGAUACCACGUGCGGCGCCACAAAUCGAAGAGUACGGAUUCCGUUUGACGCGCAGCAAGUGGGAUCCAUAUCCAUGGGUAUCUGAAGUGGCCGCGGGCACACCUGCCUCGUUGUGUGGCCUCAAGACCGGCGAUUGCAUUCUAAAGGUAAAUGGCGUGGAUAUUGUUGGCAUGCGCAUAGCGGAUGUUGCCCAAAUAGUUAAAAGCCAAAAAGAUGCUGUUACCUUUCUGUGUUGGAACAGCGACUGCGAAACCGACUGUGAUGAAAACAGCAUCUGCUGUGUUCCUAUGCCCACCAGCUUAAAGCGUCUGGGUGUUAUCGUAGAGAACAUUCUGCGGGUUAUUGAAUGUCCCGUGUGCAACGUAACCAUAACUCCCCCGGUUAUGCAGUGUCAGAAUGGACAUUUGCUUUGUCUCGACUGUCGCAUACGCUCGGAGAAGUGCCCAAUGUGUCGGGGCUUCUUCACGCCCAUUCGCUCUGGUGUCGCCGAGGAGAUAUACUCGAUUAUCGCCGGCGCUUUUGAGCAUUGCCAACGGGAUGGCAAACUACGACGGCAGAUAUUCGGUGAAAUGAGUUUAAUUAAAACUAAACCCAAUAGUGAAGACUGCAUCUGUCGGGAGUCAUUGAAGCAACGAAAAUCCUUGCUACCGAAAAAUAAAAUUCUCAGCAAACUAUUGCAGGCGAAAGCUGGCUCAUUGGAGAAUCUUUUUCAAUGCAAUGCGGCCAAGCUGCUGCGUGCUGAGGCAACCGAGAGCUUUAAUGUGAUGCCAUUGGAAGAAGGAUGCAAUGAAAAGGGACUUGAGCCAAGAUUAACGAGGACAUCAAUGCUAAAAUGCACAAAUGACUUACAGCAGCAGGAGCAGGAGGCGGCAGAUGAAAGGAAUGCCAAACUGCAGGCAGACACGAAUAGGGAUAGCAACCACAAUUGCAAUGAGGCUGACAGUUUGGGCCAACAAGACAUUGUUCAGCGUGGAGCAGACAUGCCUCUUGUUGGCGGACAAAACACGGUCAUGGCUGCAAAUGCCCCGUCAGUUGUCAAUGAGUUAUGGACCGACCCACCUGUCAAGACACAAUCGAAGUCCUUUGCUUUCGCCUGCCCCACUCGAACUUCUUCUUCGGCCAGUGGCGCACGUAUCGCAAGCUGAGCACUAUACAAAUAUUGUGGAUUUAUAAAUAAA